GAGGCGCUUAUGUCUCCCUUGACAACCGCUUCAACAAAAUCUCACCUGGUUGCCUUGGGUGCAUAUAUUUUGAUAUUUAUUUCAGUCUGCACCUAAUGUAUCAAGUAAAAACUAUUUAACUUCGUACAAAGACGGUUCUGGAUAUAUUAUUACUUCAGAGAUGGCCGCCGCAACACUGAUGAGCCGGGAAAUUGCCCCAGAGAAACCACUAGAAAUGACAACAGGCUCUAGUUCAAGAAAUGUUGAUAUGGAAAUAGUUUAUAAUGGAAAUACAGGCAAUGAUAUGGGAAUAUCUACAGUUGGUUUCAGGUCAUCUAAGUAUAACCCAGCAGAAUGGCACGAAACAAAUUAUUCAAAAUAUUAUCAGUCGUUUGUGGACCGUGAUGGAUCAGAGCAAAUACGCCAUGAAUCAAACCAAACAUCAAAAGAAGCAGAAGCAACCACCAACAAAAGACAGGCUGCUGUCACCAAAAAACUAAAUGAAAGGGUGCAUGAUAUCAACUUCUGGAAAUUGGAAAUAGAAAGAGAAAUAACUGAUGUAAUAUCAGAAACAGAUUUACAGUUAGCGCAAAAGAAAAGGUUAGAAAAUGCUCUACGGGCCACAGAAAUACCACUACACAUAGCUACUGAUAAUUUGAAUUGUCGACAGCGAAGAGUGGGUGUUGAUAUGGUUCAAGAUGAUGUAGAAUUAGCAUUAUUAAAGGAAGUUGAAAUUAUCAACAAUGUUCAAGAUUUAUUAAAGAGAACAAUUUCACAGUCUGAAAAACAAAUAGUAUUAAAUCGUGAUGCAAAACAGAACUUAGAAAUGGAUUGGAGUGAUAAAAAGGAAGCUCUUGAAAUUGAUACUCGGGCUGCAGCGUUACGAAACCAUCACACAAAUAAACAGUUCUAUCCAGGAGCAGCUAAAUUUGAAGAGAUUCAAUCUACACCAGAGUCCUGGGCACAGUUUUCACAUGAUAAUAUUGUACGAGGUGAACACGAAAGAAUGGCAUCCAUACAGUUACGAACAAUGAUAGAUAAUAUAUUAGAGGAUACUUCACGGGAUAUGAGAGAACAGUGCGAUACUGUGGACACAGCUCUACAUAAGAGAGUUGUGGAAGUUGAAGAUGCUAAAACAAAGAUGGAAGAAAAUUUGGGCAAGAUCUGUGAUGAAAUUUCAAGUCAAGAGAAGAAUAUAGAAAUGUUGAAAAAAUCUAUUCGAGAUAAAGAAGAUCCAAUGAAAGUUGCCCAAACACGUCUCCACAACAGAACCUUCAGACCUAAUGUAGAAUUAUGCAGAGAUCCUGUGCAAUAUGAGCUUGUUGGUGAAGUUAAUGAAAUUUCCCAGUCUAUUGAUGCUUUACAUGCUAAGUUGAACUCUGCUGAAAACAAACUAAAAGAUUUACAAGAUAACAGAAUGGCUCUUGAAAAAGAGAUUUCCAACAAAAAGAACAGUCUUUUCAUUGACCGAAACAAGUGUAUGACUGUACGUACACGAUACCCAACUACUCUCCGAUUACAAGGCUAUCAGUGAAUAAUAUAACACGAAAAAACUUGCCCAUGGUUAUAUUGUUUUUAUUUAUGUAAAUUAUAAUUGAAUUGGAUAUUAUGUGGAACCAAUAGAAAGUAUAUUAAUGUCUAAUUACACAUAUCAUAUCAUUGUUAAUAAUUGUACAUGAAAAAUAGAAUGUACACAAGUCACUAUUUAUUCACAUACAAUAACUUUUAUUAUAUAUUUACAUAUUCAACUGUGAUAAUUUUAUAGCCUGUUUUGUUUCAAUGUUUGAGAAAUUUUAUUGUACAUUAUAAACAAUUUUUACUUAAUAACUUUUAAAACUCAAAUAUCUACUUAUUUUACUGAUAAUGUUUCAGAUUUUUGUUGUUCCAUAUACGAUGAUGCGCCAGUCUUUAAUUUUCUCAAACAGGAAAUUAUUUGGUAUGAAAUAUAAUUUAAAAAUAUA